AUGAGCAGGUUAUAUGAUAGAAUUUUACGUGAUCUCAUAGAAGAAGAUUAUAGAAAAAAGCAGGAAGAAGAACAGAACGGUUUUAGAGCAGGAAGGUCGUGUACAGAUAACGUGUUCUAUUUAAAACAAGUUAUAGAAAAAAGACCGGCAAGAAACUUGGACACACAUAUAACAUUUGUUGACUUACGGAAAGCGUACGACACUGUCCCAAUAUCAAGACUAUGGAGGGUACUAGAACAAUCUACGAUCAACCAUACUUAUAUAACAGCUCUUAAGGAACUAUAUAAGGACGCAAAAUCAAAAAUAAAGGUAGGAAAAGAGCUUACAGAAACAUUUAUAACCGACAAAGGCUUGCGUCAAGACGAUCAAAUAAUAGUUGCCAAUGACAAAGAUGCUAUGCAAUAUAUGCUAAGAAAACUUAUUGAAGAAUACGGAGAAUGGGGCUUGACAGUUAACAUAGCCAAAACAAAAUAUCUAUGUAUAGGCGCACAAGAAGGAAACUUGAACUUGGACAACGGUCACGAAAUUAAGCAGUGUCAAGAGUAUGAGUACCUGGGAAUUACAUUUGAUAACACUGGAACUGACGGCAGAGAAAUAGAGAAAAGGAUUAUCAACGCGAAAAAAAUUCAAUAUAUAUGA